CGCCCAGAUGUGGCCCCACUAGGGCCCAGUCCAGGCUUGCAGGCCAGCCCUUGCCUGGGCCCCCCUCCUACUGCCAGGCUGCCAGUCGGGAGAGCAGGAAAUCGUGCUGCUGUUUCCCUGGGAGCGUCUCGCGAGCCAUUUCUGAGGCUCUGCUGCCAUCUAGCGAGGGAGAGUCUGACGCGCCCAAUGGUGGCUCGUGCUCUGCUUUUCCAGAGCCAGCUUGCUCCUGCCCACUGCGGAGGAAAACACUUGGAGGGCUGGAGCACUUGUCCUCCCGGCCGGGAGCCUCCCCAGGCACGCCAGGGGGCAGCCGGGAAGAGAGAACUGCUGUGGAAACGGAAAAGCAGGGGCUGCCAGCUCCGAGGAGUGCCCCCCUUUGGCUGCCACACCAAGGCCUGAGGCAGAUGAUGUGCCGGCUCCUUGGGGAGCUGGGGAGCUCUGCCCAUAUCAGCCAUCACGCCCAGACCGCAAGCAUCAGGAGUACUGAUGCCUUGUACCUUUUAUUAUGUGAGUGCUGAUGACCUGUGUCUCUUAUUAUGUGGAAGAUCAUCCAAAGGAUCCCAUCCAGAGGAAGCUCAGUUUCCUAAUAUUUUGUUAUCAUGCAGCCCCUACCUUUGACCCGCUCUGUACCAAAGAGCUGAGUACUGAGACCCCGGUACUUCAACCCCAGGAAACCGCUGCCCAGAUGAGGAGCAUGGCCAUAAGGAGUUGUCUGCUGGAGCCUUGGAGAGCUGGACAUGUUUGAAAGGAGUCUAACCCAAGUUCUUGUGUGAGAUACCUCAGGAUAUUCCUGUAAGCCCGACCUGAAGUUUCUCUUCCACAAGAAGCCUGAAAAAACUCUGGAGAAAGAAGGGUGAAAUCGUCUGUCUCUCUCUCACUCUAAUCUCCUUCCUUCCUUUAUCACCAUGAGGACUCUCCUCCUGAUACUCUCUCUCCAGCUUUGCUGGUCUUCCUCUGUGGGCCCUCGCCAGUGGGGAGACAACUUCCUGGCCAGACUAGGGGACUCUGUGGGUAAUGGGGGGGUCCAGGAUUGUUGGGUGUGCCACCAACACCCCCAAGGUGGCCCACAGAUGCGGCCUUAUGCAUUCUUUGCAAAGGUCCCAUUCCCACGGGUCACCAUCUCGUCCCUGGACGCCACUCCAUUUGUACUAGCUACCCCGCAGGGGAACUCCUCUGACCCGACUGCCCCCUGCUUUCUGGCUGGGAAAGAUCUCCUAUUUACACAUCACCAAAACACAGAGACAGUGGUUGUCACCGUGGCCCAUAAUGGCCACGUUGACAUCCCUGAUGUGGGGACACUGACUUGUACCACCAACACUGUGGGUGCAAGCGAGUGUGACCCCUCUCGAGCCUGCCGCAAUUUCACCUCGGCAACUUGUACCAGCUGCAGAGGUGGGUCUCGGGCUAGAUGCACCUAUGACUCUGGACCUCCCCAAAGAGUAACUGUGGGGCAUCCAUUCCGGGCUUAUCCUGGCAAACCCGCCCACAGUGCUUCCGCAGCACCUUCCUUGAAGCUUCUUCACAAGCUCCUGAAAACUCACAUUGUGAUCGAUAGAAUGUCAUGUAACUACAGUCAUCCUUGGGGACGGGCAACCAGGAGACGGCUACAGAAGCUGACCUCGGGUACCCUCUGUGCGCCAAAGGGAUAUGCUUUUCUCUGUAAAGUAAAUGCUCCAUUCUUUUUCAAUAUUUCCAAGGUUCCUGUUAAGAGGAAUGCCUCUGAUUGGGACCCUCCCUCACCUGUAAUUCUCUCCACCCGUUGCUUAACACCUUUCAAGCACUAUGGAGCUUGCACUCUAGGCCACUUAAGGGCUCCUUUCACUGUAUAUAAUGCUAGAACCUCAGACACAGCCCCCACCCCUUCAAGUAGACAGAAGCGAGGAUUUUGGGAAAAAAUUCUUUGGUUCUUAAGGAAUGUCUCAGCAAAGCUAGUUCCCUGGUCGGAAUACUUAGAACAGGAGGAUUUUCUCGCCAACCUUACUGCCGCCAUGAACUACCAUCGCCACAUAAUGUAGGGAAAGCUGUUGGAGGCAAGACAUUUGUGAGAAACUCCUCACCUCCUCCCCACCCCCAGUCUUCCUCUGGGUGGGGUUCCUGGCUGUGGUCUCUAAUAACUACUAUACUAACUCACUCCUCAUGAUUAAUUUUUUUUUUACUCAUAUCAGGCUCCUGCAUUUUAAACUGCUCUUGAGAUUUUUUCCCUCCAGGCUCCAAGGUACGAAUUUUCAACUGCUCAUUCAGCAUGGAGAUUGUGGGACGACCGAUUGGGACACACAACACCCCUUGGAUGCUGAUGCGUCUUCAGAUCCCGAUUCCCCCCCCCCCAACCCCGGGGGAACUUAGGGCUAUGUCUACAACCCUCGUCAGCUCGAAGCAAUUAUAGAAGAAUGAGACCUUCGCCCCUUUACCCCAAAUGAAUUUGAGGGGGGAAAUGACGGGAGUGAACCGUAAAACUAGAUUUGGAGUCUCAGACACUGAAAAGUCUGGGAAAAAGCAUACUUUCCCAGACAAGUCCUUCCCAAGUUAAGCAACGUCAUUCAAUUGGAGAUCUUGGUCAAAUCAUCCUCCAUUGAUCUUUUGGCGGUGUCCCCGAUCCCUUUCCGGAAAUUCCAGAGUCUGGGAAAAAAGCCUUCAAAAUGAUUUCAGAUAUCAUUGUCAUACGUCCAAGAUUUACACAUAAAACAGGGGUCUAUUUACACACUCUUUGUAAACUUCCUCAUGAGAGAGCUUCUUAGUGAACAAUAAAACUUUCUUUUUGCCACAAAUUUCAGGGUUCUAGAGACUUUUUUCCCAUUUGGACCUGCCUCUCCGAGCAGAGGGGAUCUCUAUCCCCCUAUUCCCACAUCUCAACAUAAAGACGCUUUUCAACAUUCAUUUUAAGUUCCAAACUUUUCACUCCUCCCCCACCAAGCAGCCAACCAAUAUAGGCUACACAUGUACAAUCAUGGGAAAUAUAUUUCCAUAUGAGUCUUGCGAAAGAAGAAUCCGAAUAAAAGGGGGAACUGCGUAGAAAUAAAGAAAAAUAAUAAACAACCAAAAAAAGAGAAUAGCCUGCUGUGAGCCACAUUUACCCUCCACACCAGAGAGCCAAACUCCAAGGAGGCAGAGAGAAUGUGGGUGGCUCCAAACAUAAUGUUCUAUCGGGUAUCAAGGCUUUCUGAAGGUGGACAUGCAUUUUCUCAGCAGUUCCAUGCUGUCUGCCAUCUACCCGGCAGUAUUUUCUGUGGUUUCCCCCUCCAUUUUGUAUUUCAGUGUGAAACAAGUGAACUACAAAGCCACAAUCACCAAAACAAACACAGCAAGAUAGAGGGAAGAUGGGCAAGGACUGGCUUGGGCCCCCCAGAUUCAAUACGGCUGCGGCUCCUCCCAUAAUUCCUUUCAAUAGUGGGUGCCAUAGCAAAGGCUCCGUUUUCAGAGGGGGGCGAAUUCAGCCCAUUCAACCGGAAGAACAAGCGGAGCACAAUCUCAAGAGAAAGUAGCCGUGGAGGGCAAGUGGAGGAAGGAGACCCUCCCCUGCUAUCUCUCCAAUUGUAUUUCUCAAGUUCCAACAAACCAAACGGGUGUCCACGGGCCUUGGGAAGUUCUGGAAACAUAGAACCUGGAGGCAAAGAGGAAAAGAAAAAGACUGGAAGGCGCCAGAGAGCCUUCAAUGCGAUGGAAAAGGUCCCGAUAGCGAUCUCGGAGGAGAGACCGGAGCACCCCAGAGAGCUCGGGACUCCCCACGCUGCCUUUCGGGGGCCCCACUUCUUUUAUUAGAGAGAGAACGUCCGAGACCAAAGUGACCUGUUUUCAGCGUAGACACCCAAAGCUUCCCUCCGAUUUGCGGCUGCUGCUUCUCUGCUUGGCAGUCCCUUCAGUCAGAAAGAGCCGGUCCGGAUCCCAGCGGAGCUGGCGCAGCAGCAGCAGGACCUGACCCAGAGAACUCUCCGAGUGCGCAGAGUCCCUCUGAGAGGGCUCCCUCCGGGUGAGACUGCCUGCCUCACUCCCUCGGCACUUGUUCCCCGUCCCCCUCCCCAAUCCCAGCCCCUCCUUCCCCCCCGGAGUCAGAGGCCAGGCCUGGGAGGCUGAGCCGCUUCUGGACCCCGUGGUUGCAGGAGCAUCAGAGGGAAAAGGCUGGGAGGGUGAAGAAGGUGCUGAAGGAACCCCGGCUGCUUUGCAGUCCGGCCCUCAUGGAAUCCUCCCCAGCAAUUAAAGUCUCCGGCAAGGGGGUGAUCACAGCAAUGGGGAGCCAAGUCCGAAUGGGAUUGGGGGUGGGAGAGCUUUUCAGCGGAAACCAACACAGAGCCUCACUCAGCUCAUCAAAUGGGCUGUCAGGGAGCUUGAGCCUCUCGUGGAAAUGGGGAAAUUCUUGUGGAGAUGGGGACCCAGAGUGUGGGAAAAGCCCCGCCUUCAGAUCAUUUUCUCUCUAAAGUCUGUGAUUUGCGUCAAAGAAUGAAAAUUUCAUUCUGUGAAAUAAUUGCCUUGGACAAUUUGCGUUUAUCCCCCUCAUAUUUAAAUGGAUUCUCUGAGAAGAAGGGGAGGAAGCUUCCAGAGUAAAGCCUGGUGUCCUUUUUCUUCCUGAGAAAGAAGGGGAGACUGGGAAGGACAGAAGGGGAGACUGGGAGGUAAGAAAGGUUCUUUGUUUUUCAUUUCACCUUUUUCUCCCCGGGAGGGGCUGUUUAAAGUCCCAGUGGCUCUGCUUCCUGUACCUUCCCUCUUUCUUUUACACCUACAGCCUUCCCUCGGCUUAGUCAAGAUGGAUUUUUUGAAAAGCAGUUUGGUCAGUUUGGAACAACGGUUUGCCUCUAAAAAGUGGUCUUUGAAAAUUCCAUUGGACUUGUAGCAGGGUGGAAAAGUCCCUCUUCUAGCACACACACACACACACACACACACCCACACUUCCUCUACAUGUCCUUUUUCCUGCUGGGACUUUCAAAAGCAAACCAAAAAAUUAGGUUUCUCUGUUUAGGGCAAGUUUU